GCCCAGUGGACUCCUCCGUUGUGUACAACGCGACGGAGUCCAGGGUAUAACGUUUUCAUGUCAUUGCGAACAUUUGAUUGAAAGCAUUUUCUCACAUUUUUACCUUAAAGAGGAAGCUCAACUGGCGUCUACAUAUUCCUUGUAUCCUUAAUCACUCAAAUUCAUGGUUGAGAAGUAAUCAAUAUGUUCCAGGAAUAAAUUAUUUAAGGAAAUUAUCCGCUAAUUCGUGCUUCCGACUGUAAACAUCUCGAACCGACUGCUCGUGUGAAGGCUUGCGCUUGCGUGCGCGCAUGCGCGAAAUGCGUAGCAACUGAAUGGCUCUCACGCAUGCGUAUUAGAAUUGUGGGCGUAUGCAAGUGUGUUCGUCACGCCGGCCGUGAGUGUUGAAUCAGAAAAGACAUACAAAAGUUACGUUGCGACUUUCUGAAUUUCCUCAAGACUUGUUUGCUCGAGUUGAUCGAAUUUCUGUAAGAUGGAGGAGGCGAUUAAUAAUGUAAUGACGGAAUGUGGCGUCCCGUACAAUCUGAAGCCAGAGCAAAUUCAGAUCAUAAGAUCUGUCUUAGAAAGGCGAAAAAAUGUGUUCGGCCUUCUGCCCACUGGAUUUGGGAAGAGUGAUUGCUACGGAUGGUUGUCAUCAAUCAUGGACAAAAUAGAGACUGAUGUAGAGCACAUCACCCUUGUCAUUUCACCACUGAGGUCCCUAAUGCUCGACCAGGUAGAAAGGUGGAGCUCCCGAGGUGUCACGUGUGCCGCGAUAAUGCGAGCUGAUGAAAUUGAUGAUGCUACCAAGGAAGAAAUUACGGAAGGGAAAUUUCAACUGAUAUUUUCUUCUCCGGAGGCCAUACUGCGACACAAGUGGUGGUCUGCCGCCAAAAGAUGGGCAAACCGCCUUACUGCCGUAGUUAUAGACGAAGCACACUGCAUGACAAAGUGGGGGACUUUUCGAGAUGGAUACAAAAACAUUUCAACCAUCCGAUCAAUUCUGUCCCAACAACCCGUCGUGUGCCUAACUGCGACUGCAACUCAAAGCAUGGUUGAAGACAUCAUACACACUUUAAAUCUUGAAGUAUCGUCUUUUGAAAUCAUAGCCGUGCUGCCUGACAGGCCCAACAUCAAAAUUCAUGCUGAACGGGUUGACAAUGCAAACUUUGCAGAGCAGCUUAAGUGGUACGCUGACCUGUUAAAGGGGAAAGAGGCGCCGAAGGCAAUCAUUUAUUCAAGGCAAGUAAACGAAGUCGCAAACAUUUAUGCGUGGCUCAUGAGCAGCCUGAAUGAGAUGGCCUGGGCAGGCUCAGAUCGCACCGUCCACAACAGAAUUGUGGAAAUGUACCACGGCAGCACAGACCAAGAGAGCCAAAAACGGAUUGUAUCGUCCUUCGCCAAGUCGUCAUCUCCCCUUCGAUGUGUGGUAGCUACAAUGGCAUUUGGGAUGGGGGUUCAAAUCAAUGACGUAGACUUCGUCAUCCACUGGGGCCCCUCUCGAGAUGUACUGAGCUACUGGCAGGAAGUUGGCCGUUGUGCACGAGACGGACGGCAGGGGCAUAGCUACCUUUAUCUUUAUCCGCGGUCUGUCAACAAACGGAUGGUUGACCAUAGCAUGAUGGAGGUCUGUGCAUCUGUAACAUCAAACCAGUGCGUGAGGGCAGUUAUCCUGCAACAUCUAUACGUCUCUGGCAUGCAGAAACUUGUCAGGGGGAGCUGCCAACAAUGUUGCAAUGGGUGCGAGGAGUAAUCUGUGUUGAUCAGAAAAAGAAACGAGAAGAGAAAAAUGCAAAGAGGAGAUCACCCAAUAAAUGAAUGUAAAUAAGCAGUAUCCAAUCUCUUGUGUUGUCUGUUGUUCAUUUGAUAACGGAGAUAACUGUAGUUUGUUUCAGUGCACUCUCUGGAGUGACAUUAUAAGUGCGGCUCAAUUUCAGUGCUAUAUAAUGAAAAACACAUUUAAUUUCCAUGCUAAGCGUAGAGAGAUCACAAUUACUAGUUUACCUUUAGU